CCAGCCGCCGCCCCCAGCCGAGGCGAAGCAACCGGAGAGAGCCGAGAGGGAGGGGGAAAAAGAUGCUGCGGGUGGAGGAGGCGCUGGCGGCGGUGCUGUCCGCCGCGGCGGCCUGCCGCGCCGCCCCGUCGGCCGUGCCGCUGCUCGACGCGCUCGGCCUCGUCCUCGCGGAGGACGCCCGCGCGCCCGACCCGCUGCCCCCCUUCCGCGCCUCCGUCAAGGACGGGUACGCCGUGGUGGCCGCCGACGGGCCCGGGGAGUACCCGGUCAUCGCGGAGGCCAGGGCCGGCGACGACGCGCUCGGCGUGGUCGUCACCCCAGGCACCGUCGCCUACGUCACGACCGGAGGGCCGAUUCCCGACGGCGCGGAUGCUGUCGUGCAGGUGGAGGACACGGAGCAGGUCGCCGCCGCGCCGGAUGGGUCGAAGAGGGUCAGGAUCUCGGCGCGGGUACCCGAGGGGCACGAUAUACGCAGCGUGGGAUGUGACAUAGAGAAAGAUUCUAUAGUCCUGAAAUCCGGUGAGAACAUAGGUCCUGCAGAGAUUGGGCUACUUGCAACAGUGGGAGUAACUACUGUCAAGGCAUACCGUCGACCAACCAUUGCUGUAUUUUCUACAGGGGAUGAGUUAGUUGAGCCAGCCACUGCAACUCUCAAUCGUGGUCAGAUUCGUGAUUCCAACCGGGCCAUGCUACUUGCUGCUGCUAUUCAGCAGAAGUGUAAAGUUGUUGACUUGGGUAUUGCAAAAGAUACUGAAGAAAGUCUUAUGGAGCAUAUGGAUGCAGCUCUACAUUCUGAUGCUGAUAUAAUCCUUACUUCUGGUGGUGUUUCCAUGGGUGAUAGAGAUCUUGUCAAACCUUGCUUGGCAAAGAUGGGUAAAAUUCACUUCGAAAAGAUUCGAAUGAAACCAGGGAAGCCAUUGACAUUUGCUGAGAUCACAUCAAAUGACACAACAAAGCCAUCCAAAACAGCUCUUGCUUUUGGUUUGCCUGGAAACCCUGUGAGUUGUAUGGUUUGCUUCAAUGUCUUUGUUGUUCCUGCAAUACGUCUCGUCUCUGGUUGGUCAAAUCCUCAUCUGCAGAGAGUGCAUGUGCGUAUAUCACAUCCUCUAAGGGCAGACCCACAUCGCAUGGAGUUUCAUCGUGCAGUGAUCAGAUGGGUGCUUGACGAUGGAUCUGGUAGGCCAGGUUAUGUUGCUGAGAGCACUGGCCAUCAAGCUAGUAGCCGCCUUCUAAGUAUGAAAUCGGCAAAUGCCUUGCUGGAAGUGCAAUCAUCUGGGCAGAUAUUGGCAGCUGGGGCAUCUGUCCAAGCUAUACUUAUUUCUGAUAUAACUAGCCCUCCUCUGGAUAAGUUGCCUGCUGCUUCCAGCCCCCUAUCAUCUCAUCUUGUUUCUUCUGCAAAAAGUGCUUUGGCGGGUGCGCCACAGGCUGCAGCCUCUCAGAAUGCCGAAGUUAAAGUAGCAAUUCUGACUGUUAGUGACACUGUUUCUUCUGGAGCAGGCCCAGAUAGGAGUGGCCCAAGAGCUGUAUCUGUAGUGAACUCUUCAUCAGAGAAAUUAGGGGGAGCAGUUGUUGUUGCUACUGCUGUAGUUCCAGAUGAAGUGGACAAAAUUAAGGAGAUUCUGGUGAAGUGGAGCGAUAUUGACCGCGUCAACCUCAUAUUGACCUUAGGUGGCACUGGCUUCACACCUAGAGAUGUUACGCCAGAAGCAACUAAAUGUGUAAUAGAGAAAGAAGCACCUGGCCUUGCGUUUGUUAUGAUUCAGGAGAGUUUGAAGGUGACACCUUUUGCGAUGCUCUCCCGGGCCGCCUGUGGUAUAAGAGGAUCGACACUUAUCAUCAACAUGCCCGGCAACCCAAAUGCUGUCGCGGAGUGCAUGGAGGCUCUUCUCCCGGCGCUGAAGCAUGCCAUGAAGCAGCUGAAGGGUGACAAGAGGGAGAAGAACCCCCGCCACGUGCCUCACGCUGAAGCGGCGCCCGUGGACCAGUGGGAGCGCAGUUUCAGAGCUGCGUCGUCGGGCGGCGGCUGCUCAUGCGACCCCUGAUCGGCGCUUCAUCUAGAGGUGGUGGAACACUCCUGUCUCUUGGGAAUCUGCUUUCGCAAUCCAGCUUCGGGCGCAGGUUGGCUAUGUGCCACUCUUUUGAGGGCUGGCAUGCGUGUCUUGCCAAUAAAGCAGUGAGAGUUAUUUUUAUCUGGUCUUGUAUGUAUCAGUCUAUUCUCUCACAACGACGGUUGUCAUUUUGCCUGUAUUAUACUGUUACGUACUGAUACUCAUGAUCGGUGGAAAUAAAGUGCAGUGAACUUUCAGGA